ACUCCUCACAUGGUCCACUGAAGACACUGAGUGCCGGCUCACCACAAGGAGGCGUGUGCUUAGAACCCUCACCAUCCUGUCAAAACAGAAAGACAGUGAACAUAUUUAAAGCCGUGUGAAAUUCUCAGUAAGAUCACACCAUGGCUUUGGAGUCAGACUUUGAGGUGAAGAGCAGCAGCAGCAUCAUCAGGGAAUGGAGUGGACAGGUCCAGCCUGCUCUGGUGGCCUCCUUCAUCUUCCUCUUCUGUCUGGAAGCCUGUCUGUGGGUCAGGAACCUCAAGUGCAAGAGACGACUGCCAGGACCCUUCGCCUGGCCCGUGGUGGGCAACAUCUUGCAGCUGGGCCAGAUGCCUCAUGUCACCUUCGCCAAGCUCGCCAAAAAAUACGGUAAUGUGUACCAGAUCCGGCUGGGCUGCAGCGACAUCGUGGUUCUGAAUGGAGACAGGGCAAUACGUGAGGCGCUGAUCCAGCACAGCACAGAGUUUGCAGGCAGACCAAACUUUCUCUCCUUCCAGGUGGUCUCUGAAGGCAGGAGCUUGACUUUCACCAAUUACAGCAAACAGUGGAAAGUGCACCGAAAAAUCGCUCAGUCAACAAUCAGAGCAUUUUCAUCAGCCAAGAGCCAAACCAAAAAAGCCUUCGAGCAGCAGAUCACAGCAGAAGCGACACAGCUCGUCAAUAUUUUCCUCAAACGUAGCGAUCAGGACCAGUACUUCAACCCGGGUCAUGAGUUGACAGUCGCUGCAGCAAACAUCAUCUGUGCCCUGUGCUUUGGAAAGCGGUAUGGACACGAUGAUGCUGAGUUUCGAGCCUUGUUACAGAACGUGGACAGGUUUGGGCAGACGGUCGCGGCUGGCAACUUGGUAGAUACCAUGCCCUGGCUCCAGUACUUCCCAAAUCCAGUCCGCAGCGCCUUCAGGAACUUCAAAGAGCUUAACCGGGACUUUUUUGGGUUUGUCCAGAACAAGAUCAAGGAGCACAGAGAGACGUUCAAUCCCAAGGUAACUCGAGGUAUGAGUGAUGCAAUCAUUGGGGUGAUUGACAGGUCUAACCCUUCUCACGGAUUAACCAAAGGCCACACAGAGUCCACAGUGACAGAUCUGAUUGGUGCAGGUCUGGAUACCAUCUCUACUGCUCUUCAAUGGAUUCUCCUCCUGCUGGUGAAACACCCAGACAUCCAGACCAAACUCCAGCAGGUUACCGACACAGUGGUCGGGCGAAACCGGCUGCCAUCUCUGGAAGACAGGUGUGAGCUGGCCUACCUGGACGCUUUCAUCUACGAGACCAUGCGCUUCACCAGCUUUGUCCCUGUAACCAUCCCCCACUCCACGACCUCGGACGUCACCAUCGAAGGGCUUCAUAUCCCCAAAGACACAGUGGUCUUUAUCAACCAGUGGUCCAUUAAUCACGACCCUGUGAAGUGGAAGGAUCCUCAUGUCUUUGACCCCUCACGCUUCAUAGACAAAAGCGGCUCCCUGGACAGAGAUGUUACCAACAACGUUAUGAUUUUCUCAGCAGGGAAGCGACGAUGCAUCGGGGACCAGAUUGCCAAAGUUGAGAUAUUUCUAUUCUUUGCCAUUUUAAUCCACCAGUGCAGCUUUGAGAAUGGCCUGGAUCAGGAUCUGUCCCUAAACUCCACGUACAGUUUAACGCUGAAGCCUUUAGACUAUAAGAUCUCUGUCAAACUCAGGGGAGAGAAAAUUCAAAGUCCAUAAAAAAA